AUGCAGAACAUGGCUUUAAGAAGAAUUGUUGGUGCUUAUCGCACAACUCCUAUUGCGGUAUUACAAAAGGAAGCUGGUAUAAUGCCAUAUAGUAUUAGGCUAAAAUUUAUGGUGGCACGAAAAGCUAUUCGUUUACACCUAAAUAUUAGCAAAACUAAUCCUAUUAAUGGUCAUUUGUUAACAUUGAUUGAGAAAUCUCCAAUUGCAAAGCUAACCACGCUUUACAUGUUGGCGAAAGAUGAUAGAGACUAUAUGAUUAAAAAGGAUGAAAAACGAAAAUGCAAGAGGGUUGAACCUCUUACACUGAAACAACAACAAAAUCAGACGAUUGGAAUUUUGAAGAAACAAGCAAUGGAAGAAUGGCAAGAAAUGUAUUGGAACAGCAGUAAGGAUCUGUGGUAUCAUAAUAUCACAGUGGAGUCGAAAUGUACUGAUAAUCUUUCCAAAAUGGUUACGGGAGUGAUCAUGAAGAAAGAUAGUCGAAGGAUCUUGAGUAAUAUUACUCAAUUUCGCACAGGCCAUGGAAACUUUGGCGCAUGGUUUAAAAAGUUUGGAAUUGAAAAGGAUAGUUACAACUGCAAAUGUGGAGAGCUGGAAACAGUUCAUCACAUUUUAGUUGAGUGUCCUUUGCUUGAAGAGGAAAGAAAAGGACUGAAACGGAUAUCUCCAGAGAUGGACAUGUCGACUCUCUUAAACAGUUUAACUGGCUUACAAGAGAUUGUAAGCUUUAUCUCUGCUUGGAGGGAUUAA